AUGACUUAUUGGGUGAUUUUCCUUUUUCUGGAGGGGAUUUUAAGUCAGAGUGAAGGUAAGUGACGUCAUAAUAUUGUAAACGGGUUAGAUUCUGUGGUUAGUUGGAAACAAUCAUAUGAGAAUCGACAGAAGGGUCAGAAAGAGCCCUCCCUUAACUUCCUAGAUUCUAUUCUCACACUCAAAGAUGUAAAUAUUCAAUUAGGAGCAGUGGGUCCGAGGGAAAACAGAUCUGGAAAUGCUCUCCAUAUCUAUGCUCAGGACAAAAUAUGGCCAUCAGCGGCCAUAAAUAAGCCAACCGAUAUCUCCUUGGCUCAGAUCGAGAAUGCCCUGAGGCUAAGUCAGUAUGCUAUUGUAGUACUUUUAAUGGUAACUUAUAUUUUUAGAAUCCCAGGCCGUAAAUACUGAGGAGUUGCUGUAUAAAACGCUGCUCGACCCCCAAUAUUAUGAACAAAACGUUCGUCCCACGCCAUCCCAUAGAUUAACAACCAACAUUACAUUUGGCUUUCUCCUCAAUCAGAUUGUGGAAAUGGUGAAACAAACAUUGCUUCAUAAAAUAAUGCGUAUUUCAGGAUGAACGGAAUCAAAAAUUAACAACCAGGUGUUGGCUGAAUGUUAAUUGGCUGGAUAAAAGAUUGUCAUGGAAUGCCACUCUCUGGGAUGGGAUCAAACAGAUCUAUAUCCCCUACUACAAAGUCUGGAAACCUGAUAUAAUCCUUGUAAAUAAUGCUGUCAGAGAGUACUUCGAAUCAAUUAUGAGUACUGAUGUGAUGGUCACACACGAAGGGAAUGUGACCUGGCUCUUCUCCGCCUUAUUCAAGUCCAAUUGCGCCAUCAAAGUCAGAUAUUAUCCAUUUGAUGAGCAAGUAAGUUGAGAAAAAAUGGCGUCAUUCUUAAGGAAUGCGAUCUGAAAUUUGCUUCCUGGUCUCAUGAUAUGAGCGAGAUUGAUGUGGGUAUAACCACGGACAAAGGAGAUCUCUCCAGCUACAUGAAUAACAGCGAGUUUGAUCUGGUGGACAUGAAGGCCAUCCGAACGGUAGCUCGAUUCCCGACUGAUAAGGAGGCCAAAUGGCCAAUGAUUGUGAUUAGAAUACGGAUGAAUAGGAGGCCUUUGUUUUACGUCUUCAAUCAUGUGAGUUCUCCUUGAUUUGAUUACUUAGUAAGUUUAGAUUUUGCCCUGUGUUCUGAUCUCCUCCAUGGCUCUUCUUGGUUUCUUUAUGCCUCCUGAGACCGGAGAAAAGAUUAAUAUGUGUAAGUAUAUACCCCCAACAUCAUGCUCUCUUUAGUGACCACUGUUCUGAUUACUGUCUGCACUGUCAGCGAGAGUAUAACCGAGUCAAUUCCACCAAGUUCGGAGGCCGUCCCUCUGAUCGGCAUGUAUUAUGUGGCCUCUUUAUUCAUAGUAUGUCUGGCUACAACUGUAAAUGUUGUAACACUGAAUGUUCAUCGAUAUGGGAAGAGUAAUCAAGGCAGAAGGGUCCCCUAUUGGUUGGAGAAGAUAGUGCUUGGGUACAUGGCCAGUAUGUUGUUCAUGACGAUCCAUGAACCCGACUCCAUUACGCUUUUGAAAACGUCACAAGUAAGUUUUCGGCCAAAGGAGGUGGUUAUUUGUCUUCAGUCACGGUUGUCAACUCUGAGAAGAUCAAGCUUAAUGAGAGAUCUGAAGAAGUCCAAAAACCUGGAAUACAGGAAAUCGAGGGGAAGAGAGGAUCUCUGUGAAUGCAUCAGCAGUAAUACGGUAGGUUGCUUGUCAUAGAAGGACUGUUUUAAAGGCAGCUAUACGGAUGUCACAAUAUGCGGAUAUGGAGAUACCCAAAGAGAAAAUGGCUCAUAGAGCAGGAGAAACAGCCUUUCUGGGAAGGGUUGUCAAGGAUCAGGUAACAGCAGUAGUAGUAGAUAAUGCUUUCAGUUAAUUCCGAGGAUCGCAGCCACUCCGAAGCCGGCUCCAAUGAUAGCCGAAUUCGAAGAAAGGUUCAAAAAGAUUCUUAAGAGAAUCUACAGAAGCCUCCAACAACACGAAAUACGAGAGGAGGUAAGAACAACUUUUAUACAUACGUAUUAAUCUUCCCUUGCAGAUCCUGGAUGACCGAAAACGGAUAAUGUGGCAAUGGCAAGCCUUGGCCAGCGUGAUGGACAGACUGCUGCUGGUCCUCUUCCUGGUGGCCACAUUGCUCACCAUCUUUGCAUUUAUGAUCAUGCCUUUAGAAACCAUAUUGUGA